AGUUCAUUGCUUAAGAUGCAUGUGUUGGUUGUGUUAUGCAUUUCGUCAGUGGUUCUUUUUGCCUGUGUAAAUGGCGCUGUUCCACCGUCAUGUGACAGUGAAAUAUACUGCACUGGGCCCAUCUUGCAUCAGGUACAGGAAGCUAAACUGUUUGAUGAUGACAAGUACUUUGUUGACAUGAAACUGAGGGAAACUCCUGAUGUUGUUUUGUCUGCGUUUCACAAUCUUUCAAAUGACUCGCCAAACACCACUGUACCGCCUGCCAAACUGCAGGAGUUCCUCAAUACUUACUUUGAGAAACCAGGGACUGAGUUUGAGUCAUGGACACCACCAGACUGGCAUGAAAAGCCAAAGUUCCUGGGAGGAAUAGCAGACCAAGAACUACGCAGCUGGGCUGAAAAGAUACACGAUCUGUGGAAGCUUCUGGGCAGAAAGAUCCACACUGGUGUUAAAGAUCACCCAAAGCUCUACUCGCAGAUAUACACCCCACAUCCUGUUGUUGUGCCAGGAGGGCGCUUUAGGGAACUCUACUACUGGGACUCCUACUGGGUUAUCAAUGGGCUCCUGCUGUCAGAAAUGACAGCCACAGCCCGUGGGAUGAUUCAAAACUUCCUCUACCUUGUCAACAGAUAUGGCUUCAUUCCAAAUGGUGGGCGGAUUUACUAUGAAAGGCGCAGUCAGCCUCCAUUCCUCACUCUAAUGGUGGAGAGCUACUAUCAAGCAACCAAGGAUAAAGAGUUCCUCAGAGCAGCUUUGCCAGCACUGGAACAGGAGUACCAAUUUUGGAUGCAGAACCGCUCUGUGACUUUGAAAUUAAAUGGGACAGAGCAUGUGCUGAACCGAUAUGAUGUAAAGGUGGGCUUGCCCAGGCCUGAAUCCUACACAGAUGAUCUGGAACUAGCGGAAGGACUCACCAAUGACCGUAAGGAGAAGCUGUGGAUGGAUCUGAAAGCGGGUGCAGAGUCUGGCUGGGACUUCUCAUCCCGCUGGUAUAUAAACGGUGACGGCCACAACAACGGCACCCUGGGGGAUACCAGCACCAGUCAGAUCCUGCCUACUGACCUCAAUGCUCUUCUGUGCCUCAAUGAGAAGACUCUUGCUUCAUUUCACAGGAUACUGGGUGAUGGUGACUCAGCUGCACUGUAUGACCAGGCUACAGCCCGCAGGCUGGAGGCGAUAGAGUCUGCGCUGUGGGAUGCUGAGAGGGGUGCCUGGUUUGACCACAACCUAGUGACGCACACCAAACACUUUGAGUUUUACCUCUCCAACCUGGCACCUGUUUGGGCACAGUGCUAUUCUCAGCCUGAGAUGGGAGAGAAGGCAGUACAGUAUCUGAAGGGGAGUGGUGCUCUCCAAUUUCCCAAUGGAGUUCCAACAUCGCUGAGAGAGUCUGGGCAGCAGUGGGACUAUCCUAACGCAUGGCCUCCUUUACAACACAUGCUCAUUGAUGGUUUAUUAAAACUGCCUUCAGAGGAUGCUCAACAACUAGCAUUUGAUUUGGCCCAGCGCUGGAUCAGGACAAAUUGGUUGGCAUACAUGAAGUAUGAUGCCAUGUUUGAAAAGUAUGAUGUGAACGGCGAUGGCAAACCUGGUGGUGGAGGAGAAUAUGAAGUUCAGCUGGGUUUUGGCUGGACCAAUGGCGUGGCCCUGCAGCUCCUGAACCAGUAUGGGGCGACUCUCACCUCAGGAAGCGGGCGAGUGUCUUCUGGCCUCCUGCUGCCUCUAGUCGUCUCAGCCGCUAUCAUGCUCCAGUGAAACAGAGGUGACGAAAGAGCCUGACUGGAGGUUGG